AUGCCCAUGUUCCCAUCGGCCGCAGCGGCACCAGCAGCUGGGAUGGGAGGUGAUGCGUUCGUCGACUACGGUCCCGCGCCGGAUCAAGACCUCGGGCCGGGGUGGGUUGCGGAUCCCAACUUCCGCCUUGAGCAGGUUCCCGCCGGGAGGGAUGGCGGCGGCGGCAGCGGCGGCGGCGACAGAUGCUGGCCCCCGCUCUUUGCCGCCUUUCGUGGGGCGCCCAGGGGAGCGGCUCGAGACCCGAGGCGGGAGGCUGCCGGAGAGAGGCAGGCGGACAUGAAUGACGAUGAGAUGGAGGCUGCCUGA